AUGGAAGGAGGAUAUACAGUUAAACUUGAGAAUCCCAGGAAAAAGGCAAAUUUUUUGUCAGUUUUGAUUUUUGGGUGGAUGACAAGCUUGGUCUCCAAAGCCGUCACAAAAGGUUUAGACAUCAUAGACCUGUACAAAGUUUUAGACGAAGACAGAUCCAAAACGUUAGGCGACAGACUACAAGAAAAAUGGGAGAAAGAGCUAGCAAGAUCUACCAAAAAAAAUGUCAAACCCAGUCUUCUGAGAGCGAUUUCCAACACAUUCCUCCCUGAGUACAUGUGGUGGGGGGUACUGUUCUUUUUACAAUACGCAGUCAUCAAAUCCCUUCAACCCGUGGUACUGUCCUAUACGAUCGACCUGUUUACCGAUCCAGGAAAUGCAAACAAAACAAAGGAAAUGUAUAUUUCCAUCACUGUACUGAUCAUACUGACAACGAUGGUGGUUUUCCUCAUGCACCACACUUUUUUCGGAACAUCAAGAAUUGGAAUGAAAGUUAGAAUAGCUGUAUCAACAUUGAUUUAUAGAAAGAUAAUGAAACUGAACCAUAAGUCUCUGGGCGAAACCACAGCUGGUCACGUGGUCAAUCUGCUUUCCAACGAUGUCAGCAGGUUCGAUCUAGUCCUAAUUUUCCUGCACGCCUUAUGGGUAAUGCCUUUUCAAAUAAUCAUAAUGUCCUAUGUGCUGUGGAACCAAGUACAAAUAUCAGCACUAGCUGGAAUUGUGUCGAUGGCAGUUUUCAGUAUACCAGUACAAGGUUACCUGGGAAAACUGACAGGUGUUCUGAGGUACCGCAUUGCUGGGAAAACAGACAAGAGAGUGAAGCUGAUGAACGAAGUCAUAUCUGGCAUACAAGUGAUAAAAAUGUAUGCCUGGGAAAAAUCUUUCGAAAAAAUGGUCAAAUCAGCUAGGGCUACGGAAAUCGUUGAUCUAACCAGUACUUCCUAUCUGAGGGGACUGUUCUCGAGUUGUAUGGUCUUCAUAGAAAGAUUGUGUCUAUUCUUGACCGUCAUUUGUUACACUUUGCUUGGAAACAUUAUAUCAGCCGCUAAAGUCUUCUCAGUCGCUCAGAGCUUGAAUACCCUUCAAUUCUCAAUGGCCAUUUUGUAUCCUCAGGCAAUCAGUACCGGUGCAGAAGCUCUGAUGUCUAUCAAAAGACUUGAAGAAUUUUUGGUCAUGGAAGAAAAGGAAACAAUUAUUCCUUUCGAAGAGCUCAAAGCUCCCGGUGUAGUUUUGAGCAAUGUUUGUGCAUCUUGGACUGGAAUUUCUAGAACCUUGAGUGACAUCAGCCUCCAGAUACCGCCAGGAACAUUGUGCGCAGUCAUUGGACAGGUUGGAUCAGGAAAAAGUUCCUUGUUGCAGCUUCUUCUAGGAGAACUGCCAAUUGAAUCAGGCAAAGUAUCAAUCGGAGGGCAGAUGUCUUAUUCUUCUCAAAAACCAUGGUUGUUUCAAUCUACAGUACGUAACAAUAUUCUCUUUGGUGAACCGUAUGUAAGAGCUUGGUAUAACAAAGUUGUCAAAGUCUGUGCAUUGGAGAAAGAUUUCGAUCAAUUUCCGCAAAGGGAUCAAACCAUAGUUGGAGAAAGAGGUGUAUCUCUGAGUGGAGGACAAAGAGCGAGAAUAAAUCUUGCUAGAACCAUCUACAGAGAAGCAGAUAUAUAUUUAUUGGACGAUCCACUAUCAGCAGUUGAUACCCAUGUAGGUAGGCACCUUUUUGACGAAUGUAUUCACAAACAACUGAAGGGGAAAACCAGAAUUCUAGUUACUCACCAAUUACAAUACUUGAAGAAAGCUAAUUUGAUUGUGGUGUUCAACGAGGGUAGGAUUGAAGCCCAAGGAACCUUUGCUGAACUAUCAAAAAGCGAUCUAGACUUCACCAAACUGUUAGUGAGUGCUGAUCAGUCGAAAGCUAACCCGGAAGAUAGUGAUAAAGAACUGUCUGGUUCUUUAACACCCAGACUCAGACAAGGAUCUGUUUAUUCAAAACCGAGUAGUACCUUUUCCGAUGGAAUCGAUAUUCUUGAGUCAUCUCCAGUGGUUGACGAGGAAACUAUCAGCGAUCCCAAUGCCAAACCGCUCAAAAAUUAUGUCGCAGCACCAGGAAAUGUUUGCUUGAACAUUUGCUUGGGCUUGAAUCUUCUGUUAGCACAAGCAGCGUGCACUGGUUCCGAUUACUGGUCAGCUUUUUGGACUGAACAAGAAGAACUCAGGUACUCGAAUUACUCCAGCUUAGUAGUCGAAUCGAUCAAGCCUCUAGAAACGAUUGAAGUGUACUCCAUGGACAAUAGAAGUGUUCCUGAGUACCAAUACACGUAUACCAGGGAGAUAGACCUAUCCAAUCCCGACCAAAGGAGUAUAUCUAGUACUUACAACGAUAUGUUCGAUACAAUCGAUGUUGGCGAUGCAUCCUACACAUUGAUAAAAACAAAUGCGUCGAUGAUCAUCUACGGUGUUCUCAUAAUAUUAGCCGUCAUUUUGACUUUGAGUCGAUCGAUAUUGUACUACAAAAUGUGUAUGUUGGCGUCCAAAAAUCUUCAUUCGAAAAUGUUCAAUGCUCUACUGAAAGCGCCAAUGAGAUUUUUCGAUACCAAUCCAAGUGGACGGGUACUCAACAGGUUCUCUAAGGAUAUGGGAGCUAUUGAUGAGCUCCUUCCAAGAGUGCUGCUGGAUGCUAUUCAGAUCGGCCUGGUAGCUUUCGGUAUCUUAAUUAACAUCGCUGUAGCAAACAACUACUUAGUGAUACCUAUGGUGAUCGUGGGAGUAUUAUUUUGGAAAAUUCGUACUUGGUAUGCACUGACCGCAAGAGCAGUUAAACGUCUUGAAGGAACAACAAAAUCUCCGGUGUUUUCACAUCUCAGUGCGACCUUGAAUGGGAUAACCACAAUAAGGGCAUUCAAGGCAGAAGAAGCACUCAGGGACGAGUUUGAUGAACAUCAAGACGUUCAUACUUCGUCUUGGUAUUUAACAAUAUCAAGUACAUACAGUUUUGGUCUAUGGAUAGAUAUGAUAUGCUUGGUUUUCUUGAUAUGUGUAUCAUUCAGUUUUGUUAUACUGCACACUUUUUCUACUGUGAGUGGUAGUUUAGUAGGUCUGGCCAUAUCUCAGUGUCUGAUAUUAUGUGGUAUGUUACAACAUGGUAUUCGUCAAACAGCUGAGGUUGUUAAUCAACUCACCAGUGUCGAGAGAGUACUCCAAUAUACUACGAUAGAAGUCGAGGGACCUUUUGAAACACCAAUAGAGAAGGUCCAGGCAUUGGCAUCUUGGCCAGAAGCAGGGCGUCUGUGUUUCAAAAAUGUUUUCAUGAAGUAUGUAGCAGAUGAUCCACCUGUCUUGAAGAAUCUCAACUUUGAAGUGAAACCAGGAGAAAAGGUGGGAAUAGUUGGUAGAACUGGAGCUGGAAAAUCGUCUCUUAUAUCAGCUCUCUUUCGACUAUCACCAUUGGAUGGUAAAAUUCUGAUUGACGGCGUUGAUUCCAAGGAAAUAGGGCUCACCGAGCUCAGAAAGAAAAUCUCCAUUAUUCCUCAAGAACCAGUGUUAUUCUCGGCUACCAUGAGAUACAACUUGGACCCUUUCGAGGAGUUUGAGGACCAACAAUUGUGGAACGCUCUAGAACAGGUGGAAUUGAAGGAAGCUGUGAGCUCUCUGGAUUUCAUUGUUACUGAAGGUGGCAACAACUUCAGUUUGGGACAACGUCAGUUGAUUUGCCUAGCAAGAGCCAUAUUGAGGGACAACAAAAUAAUGGUCCUGGAUGAAGCAACAGCCAACGUUGAUCAAAGGACUGAUGCCUUCAUCCAAGAGACCAUAAGGAAUAACUUCAAGCAUUGUACUGUCCUGACUAUUGCUCAUCGACUGAACACCAUCAUGGAUUCUGACAAGGUGUUGGUGAUGCAUUUCGGUAGCAUGGUGGAGUUCGAUCAUCCCCACAAGCUGCUCCAGCUACCUGAUGGGCAUUUCCACCAGAUGGUCCUGGAGACUGGUCCUGUGAUGUCAUUGCAACUCAAAGACAUCGCUCAAGAUGUGUACAAUAGCACGCAUGAAGGAAUUUGA